UCCCUCCUCGGUCCCUGACCUCUCCCUCGCUUUCUCGAGAAAAAAACCAAAACUCCCGGAAAAGCUUUUCUCCCCCAACCAUGACCCAGAUUUUCCCGGAAAAUCUCUAGCUUCCGGGGGCAGCUUUUCCGCGAUAUUCUAGAACCUUCUGCCGGUAGAAAUGGCGGCGGCCGUCGCUUCCCUGUGCUUCUCCGCCAUCGGUCAGUCCUGCGAGAAGAGAUCGCUCGCCUCAUUGCCGGCGACGGCGACGGCGCGCGGCUUCGGAUCGAACUUCGAGGGGAUUCGGUUCCGUUCGAGCGUGUUUCCGACUACGGAGGAGUUAGGACUUCGGUCUCGACGUCGAACUCGAGCUCUCGCGUGGUUGUUCGCUGCAUGUGCAGCGCAGUAGAUGUUCCUACUGUUGCGGAGACGAAGCAGAACUUUCUCACGGCGUACAAACGGCCCAUCCCGAGUAUCUACAACACCGUGCUGCAGGAGCUGCUCGUCCAGCAGCAUUUGAUGCGGUACAAGAAAUUCUACAAGUAUGACCCCGUGUUCGCCCUUGGUUUCGUGACCGUGUUUGAUCAGCUCAUGGAAGGGUACCAGAGUGACGAGGACAGGGAAACGAUUUUUCAGGCGUACAUUAGGGCCUUGAACGAGGAUCCGGAGCAAUACAGAGUCGAUGCACAAAAGUUGGAAGAAUGGGCCCGCAACCAAAGUUCAGACUCACUAGUUACUUUUUCGUCCAGAGGAGGGGAAAUUGAAGAUAAGUUGAAGGACAUUGCAGAAAGAGCUGGGGGUAAGGGGAGUUUUAGCUAUAGCCGCUUCUUCGCCGUGGGCCUUUUCCGUCUUCUUGAACUGGCAAAUGCAACAGAGCCCACAGUACUAGAUAAGCUUUGUGCUGCUUUAAAUAUAAAUAAGAGAAGCGUGGACCGUGAUCUUGAUGUAUACCGUAACCUGCUCUCCAAGCUGGUUCAAGCGAAGGAGUUACUGAAAGAAUAUGUUGACAGGGAGAAGAAAAAAAGAGAAGAGAGAAAAGAGUCCCAGAAGGCUAAUGAGGCUAUCACAAAAUGCGUGGGAGAGUACCAAGAAGUUGGCCAGUAUUCUGUAUGAUCAGUUCUCCAAUCUGCAAUAGAGGUCAUGACCGACCUUUCUAAAUUUUUGAGCUAUUAGAGUUGGCGACAUGAUUUUGGCCCUCUGCCUCUGCCUCUUGUCGUGCAUUUGCAUGUUAAAUGUGUUGUUUAUAUGUGAAUUCUGAUACAAGUGUCCCCAUUUUUCUGGCAAUAUAUUUUAUAUCCUCGAUAAAUGAAUUCGCUUACUGUGUCCCCUCAAAAACUAAUGUAUCUAUUUUGGGUAAAUGCAAUAUGCAAGAUGUCUCUUUCAGAU